CCGAGCUGGUGGUCGAUAAAGCCAUGGAGCUGAAGUACGUCGGGGGGGUUUACGGCGGGAACAUCAAGCCCACUCCCUUCCUCUGCCUCACGCUGAAGAUGCUGCAGAUCCAACCUGAGAAAGACAUCAUCGUCGAGUUCAUCAAAAACGAGGACUUCAAAUACGUCCGUUUACUCGGAGCGAUGUAUAUGAGGUUAACAGGAACCGCAGUGGACUGCUACAAAUACUUGGAGCCGCUGUACAACGACUACAGAAAGAUCAAGAGUCAGAACAGAAACGGAGAGUUUGAGUUGAUGCACGUGGACGAGUUCAUCGACGAGCUCCUCCACGCAGAGAGGAUGUGUGACAUCAUUCUGCCCCGCCUUCAGAAGAGACACGUCCUCGAGGAGGCGGAGAUGUUGGACCCCCGUAUCAGCGCUCUGGAGGAAGACCUGGAUGAGGUGGAGAGCAGUGAAGAAGAAGAUGAGGAAGAAGAGAAGCCGGAGAGACUCCAGACCCCCGAACCCCACAGACGCAGUUACCGUGACAACGACAGACCUCGGCGCUCUCCGUCACCCCGUUACAGACGCAGCCGCUCACCCAGACGGAGGAGCAGAUCUCCAAAGAGGCGAAGCCCGUCGCCCCGGAGAGACCGCCAUCGCAGCAAGAGCCCCCGCCGCCACCGCAGCCGCUCCAGAGACAGACGCCACCGCUCCAAAUCCCCAGGUCACCACAGAAGCCACAGACAUCGCAGCCACUCAAAGUCUCCGGAGAGGAGUUCAAAAAAGAGUCACAAGAAGAGUCGAAGAGGAAACGAGUGAUUUUCAUUUUUGUAUUUUCUCCUUUUUUUUUUAAACCUCUAAAACGUCAGAGAUCCAAAUCUCGUUUAACAUUUGAAUUUGUGGCAUUUUAUUUUGCAAGUUUCUGUUUUACACGUGGGACCACGGACCUGUCUGUGCGCCCUCAGGUCUCAGCAGUGUGUAUGUACAGUAUAUAAUCACUCACUGGUUCAAACGCUCCCAGUUUCCAGUUGAUUGUGGCUGUUAUUGAUCCCUACUGAAUAUGUGCAAAUGUAGAAAAAUGUGUUUGUGUGUGUGAAAGACUUUCAUGCUAUAAACUCUAAAUAAAGACCCUGAUUUGUUAU